GCGCUGCGGCGGCGGCGGCAGCGGCAGCCGGGGCUGUCGCGGGCUGGGGCGGUUGGGCUGGCAGCUGAGGUUCAUGGCCAUGGAGUGGGGUUAUGAGUCGGCGGCUGUGAGGAGGCACCGCGUCGGAGGAGAGCGUCGGGAGGGACCAGCGGCCGUGCCACCGCCGGAGAGGGAGGCCCGAGCGCAGGAGCCCCUGGUGGAUGGGUGCGGCGGCGGCGGCGGCGGGAGGACGCGGAAGAGGAGCCCAGGGGGAAGCGGCAGCGCGAGCAGGAGCGCGGGGACCGGGCUGUCUGAGGCGCGCGUAGCGCUGGGGCUCGCGCUCUACCUGCUCGCGCUGCGGACGCUCGUGCAGCUCUCACUGCAGCAGCUUGUGCUGCGUGGGGCCGCUGGACACCGCGGGGAGUUCGACGCGCUGCAAGCCAGGGAUUUUCUUGAACACAUAACCUCCAUUGGUCCCAGGACUACAGGAAGUCCAGAAAAUGAAAUUCUGACAGUGCACUACCUUUUGGAACAGAUUAAACUGAUUGAAGUGCAAAGCAACAGCCUUCAUAGGAUUUCAGUAGAUGUGCAACGGCCCACAGGCUCUUUUAGCAUUGAUUUCUUGGGAGGUUUUACAAGCUAUUAUGACAACAUCACCAAUGUUGUGGUAAAGCUGGAACCCAGAGAUGGAGCCCAGCAUGCUGUCUUGGCUAACUGUCAUUUUGACUCAGUAGCAAACUCACCAGGUGCCAGCGAUGAUGCAGUUAGCUGCUCAGUGAUGCUGGAGGUCCUUCGUGUCUUGUCAACAUCUUCAGAAGCCUUACAUCAUGCUGUCAUAUUUCUCUUUAAUGGUGCUGAGGAAAAUGUCUUGCAAGCCAGUCAUGGUUUCAUUACUCAGCACCCCUGGGCUAGCUUGAUUCGUGCGUUCAUUAACCUGGAGGCAGCAGGUGUAGGAGGGAAAGAACUUGUGUUCCAAACAGGUCCUGAAAAUCCUUGGUUGGUUCAAGCUUAUGUUUCAGCAGCCAAACACCCUUUUGCUUCUGUGGUGGCUCAGGAGGUUUUUCAGAGUGGAAUAAUUCCUUCAGAUACUGACUUUCGUAUCUACAGGGAUUUUGGGAACAUCCCAGGAAUAGACUUAGCUUUUAUUGAGAAUGGAUACAUUUAUCAUACCAAGUAUGACACAGCGGACAGAAUUCUUACAGAUUCCAUUCAGAGAGCAGGUGACAACAUUUUAGCAGUUCUUAAGCAUCUAGCUACAUCUGAUAUGUUGGCUGCUGCUUCUAAGUAUCAACAUGGAAACAUGGUCUUCUUUGAUGUGCUGGGCCUAUUUGUCAUUGCCUACCCCUCUCGUAUUGGCUCAAUCAUAAACUACAUGGUAGUAAUGGCUGUUGUUUUAUACCUGGGCAAAAAAUUGUUGCAGUCCAAACAUAAGACUGGUAACUACAAGAAGGACUUCUUGUGUGGACUUGGGAUCACUGUGAUUAGCUGGUUCACUAGCCUUGUUACCGUUCUCAUUAUAGCAGUGUUCAUCUCUCUUAUUGGACAGUCUCUGUCAUGGUAUAACCACUUCUAUGUCUCCGUUUGUCUGUAUGGAACUGCAACUGUAGCCAAAAUAAUAUUUAUACAUACUCUUGCAAAAAGAUUUUAUUACGUGAAUGCCAGUGACCAGUAUCUGGGAGAAGUAUUUUUUGACGUCUCGCUGUUUGUCCAUUGCUGUUUUCUUGUAGCCCUCACUUACCAAGGACUUUGCUCGGCAUUUAUUAGUGCUGUCUGGGUAGCAUUCCCAUUGCUCACAAAGCUCUGUGUUCAUAAGGACUUUAAGCAGCAUGGUGCCCAAGGAAAAUUUUUUACUUUUUACCUUUUUGGAAUGUUUAUUCCUUAUCUUUAUGCAUUGUACCUCAUCUGGGCGGUAUUUGAGAUGUUUACUCCUAUCCUCGGGAGAAGUGGUUCCGAAAUCCCACCUGAUGUUGUGCUGGCAUCCAUUUUGGCUGGUUGUGCAAUGAUUCUCUCUUCCUAUUUUAUUAACUUCAUCUACCUUGCCAAGAGCACAAAAAAAACCUUGCUGACUUUAACUUUGGUGUGUGCAAUUACAUUCCUCCUUGUUUGCAGUGGAACAUUUUUUCCAUAUAGCUCCAAUCCUGCUAAUCCGAAGCCAAAGAGAGUGUUUCUUCAGCAUAUGACGAGAACAUUUCAUGACUUAGAAGGAAAUGCUGUUAAACGGGACUCUGGAGUAUGGAUCAAUGGGUUUGAUUAUACUGGAAUGUCUCACAUAACCCCUCACAUUCCUGAGAUCAAUGAUAGCAUCCGAGCCCACUGUGAGGAGAAUGCACCUCUUUGUGGUUUUCCUUGGUAUCUUCCAGUGCACUUUCUAAUCAGGAAAAACUGGUAUCUUCCUGCACCGGAAGUUUCUCCAAGAAAUCCUGCUCAUUUCCGACUCAUAUCCAAAGAACAGACACCUUGGGAUUCCAUAAAAUUGACUUUUGAAGCAACGGGACCAAGCCAUAUGUCCUUCUAUGUUCGAGCCCACAAAGGGUCAACACUUUCUCAGUGGUCUCUUGGCAAUGGCACCCCAGUCACAAGUAAAGGAGGAGACUACUUUGUCUUUUACUCCCAUGGACUCAAGGCCUCUGCAUGGCAGUUCUGGAUAGAAGUGCAGGUCUCUGAAGAACAUCCCGAAGGAAUGGUCACUGUGGCCAUUGCUGCCCACUAUCUAUCUGGGGAAGACAAGAGAUCCCCUCAGCUGGAUGCUCUGAAGGAGAAGUUUCCAGAUUGGACAUUUCCCUCUGCCUGGGUGUGCACCUACGACCUCUUUGUGUUUUAAUCCUGUGGAUGAGCUCUAAGUACAUGCCCAGUGGAUACACCAUGUGACAUGGUUUCUCCCUAUGUUAUGUGGAUGUUUGUAAUGUAAGUCAAUGAAUUUUAAUGAGCAUAUGUUCAAAGAGCUUUCUGGGUUAACACUUUUCAGGGCCAAGCACUAUAAGGGUUAAGCUGUGGCACAAUGAUGCAUGGCCUGUUGACACUUGAAAAUGCAUUUUCUGGCAUGUAAGCACAUGUGGGUACUGCCACUACACACACGUUAUUUUAUGUGAUCUUAAGGACAAAAGCCAACAAACCACUUCAAUAGCCGCCCCUUUAGGAUCAAGAAAGAAGUACACUGUCAGACAAUCGUUAAUGAGAUAAAAGUGGUUUCCAAUUUAAGCCCCAAGACCAUUUGUCGUAUUAGUAGAUGGUUGGUGAAAUAUCACUCACUGGGGUAAUGAUUCCCCUUGAGACUGUAACUCUGUGUGGGUCACUGAAGUGAUUGCCGUAGGGCUGGGGGAGAAGCAUUGCACUAUUGAGGACGUAGCCUGUGCUUAGCUGUUUCUUCAGGCAGCCUCUCGAGUGUGCUUUGUGUCUCUAUACUGAGGCCUGGACCCCAAGCUGAGCUGGUGACUCACUGUCCUGACAAGUGGACACUCAGAUACAUUGCUAUGCUGUUUUCCUCUGAAACAUGUCUGUUACCUCUCUCCAUCUUACCAAUUUGAAAACAAGAAUAUUUGGCCAUAUAGCCCUCUCGUUUUUGUAGGUUCUUUUGGUUCCGAAUAUUGUGUGUGCAAGUAUGUGACCUUAACUUACUUCCUCAGAGCACUGACCUGCCACCUGGGCUAUUCUGGGGUAGAAGGCAGCCUGGGAGUAGUGGGCAUUUUAUAAAUAUUUAUUCUUUUGUUUCAUACGAGUCUUGUGUUAUACAAGCUUAAUCCUUUAUGGCAUAAUCUUAUGUCUUCUUGUCUUCCAGCCAGUUGAAUAGAUUUUCUCAGUAACUUACUAUCCAGCAGGCUGGCUUUCCUGAGACUUGAGGUUGUGGCUUAUACUGGAGUAAGACCGCUGUACCUGUAGGUGGUUCAGAUCCUGCAUAAUGGCAGCAUGAGGACUUAAAGGUGGUUUUCAUUUUGAAGAUGGCUGUGUAGCUUGUAAGGUAUAUCAUAGCAGUACCUCUCAUGGCUUUUUUGGUCCAGCAGUGAGGGGGUUCAUGAGAUCAGUGGUAAACUGUGCAAGCUUUCAUUUUACCAUUAGGAAAUGUAAAAUGUUGGAAGGCACAGUUAAAACAAAAAGGGGUAGCUAGAUUUAUCUUGGAUGAUGGAGGAAAUGAGAGAGGAAUGCUCUUGAAAGGUGGCCUGUGGAUCUAUUUGAAUAGAAAGAGCACAGUAAGUGUGCAAUGCAGGAGGAAAACGUCUUUAGGCUGCUUGUCUAAUGUGUAUGAUGUGCUUUUAAAAUCCUGCUCCUCCUUGCCUGCCCAAUCUGUGACUCCCUAAAAACUAACUGGGGCCAUGUAAAUAGCAGGGCUGCAGCCAGAGCUGAAUGAUAACACGUUGGGCUGUCACAUGCAUCAGCACUGCACACUGGAGUCAUUGCUUUUUCUGGACUUUGUAGAAAUCGGUCUCAAGUGCUUCAAGAGUAUGGCUCUUGCUACUUUUAUCUGUCAGGUAGCAUAUAAGGUUUGUAGGGUUUAUAUCUUGUACAGAAUCACAGUUGUGGAGAAAAAGUAAUAAUCUUUCAAUGAAUUUAAAAUAUAGGCCUAUUUUGCAUCCCCAUGCUUAAUCUGAUACAAUUAGUGUUCCCUGUGAUUUACAUCCACUUUGGAAAGGAUGCCUUUACUGUUGUUCAGUAAUAAAUCACUGUUUUUCUUUUGCCUUUGGGUUAUUUCCCUGUGUAAACCAUUGUCUUUGUUUUGGUUUUCUUUAGCAUUAUGAAGCUUUGGUAUUGUACAAGGUCAAUAAUAAGAUGCUCACACUAGUCUCAGGGCUUGUGUAACAUUCUGGGAGGUUGUUUUAAUGCCAGAAAUGGUCAAGUAAUUAUCGAAAGUAUUUAUGGCUCUGUUAAGCACACAGUCUGUCACAUUGGAAGAUGCUGAGAUUAAAUUUUUUCUUAAAGAAUAUCUGAUCAUUUCAUUUCUAAAAGAGUCUUUUCAAGCUGGAACACAGUCACUAACAAAUGCAUUAUUUUCUGCAGAAUUUAAAUGUUAGUAGUACAGUACUGCUUAUUCAGGGAAAAUGUGUGAAGAAUUAUGAUUUCACAGUAGUUCGUUCUUGUGUUUGACCUAAGAAUGACUGUCAAAUGAAGUGUUUGUUUCUACAGUUUAGUAUAUACAAACAAGCAUGAUAGGAUUCUUAAAGAUAUUACUACUGAGGGAGCCACAAGCCAGCCUGCUGACUCAGGAAGCUGUAGGAGUGUUUGUCAAUUUCUUAUCACUGGUUUACUGACUUACUGAGGAUUAAUUAAUUGUUGCCUUACAAUGUUACUGAAAUAAACUUUUUAAUAUA